AUGGCCGAGGCAAUGAAGGAGAUCAACCAGGACAACACAGACGCAGCACUGAACAGUCUUGCAAGCCAAUGCCUGACUGUCGCCGCCAAUGUGCAGAACAUCGUCAACGAGCUGUCGAAGAAACCAGAAGAUAGCUUCAUCAGCAGCCUUCACAACUUGAAGGCUGGGAGGACGGUAUACAAGCAAAAGGAGAUCCAGGAGCUAUCGGACUUGCUCUCGAACACGGGUCUGGGAGCCGCGGCCCGAGACCACAUUACUCCGUAUAUUAUGGAUGUAGAGAAGCUCAUCAGUGAGAAACGACAGUCGAUAUUACGGAGCCUGUACUAUGAGCAACUGAGGGAGAGAGAGUUCGCCAUCACGGAUGCUCAUACGAAAACGUUUCAGUGGGUGUUUGGCGACAACACAACCUUCAAAUUCCGUGAGUGGCUCCGGGAACAGAACGGGGUCUACUGGAUCACCGGCAAGGCAGGAUCGGGGAAGUCGACCUUGAUGAAGUUCAUUAUCGAGCAGUAUGCUACGAGCAUAGCUUUGCGACUCCCGGUUCAAAAGGCUUCAGUCAAGCUACAGAUCCGCGACUAA